GAUGGAAAUUUGGAAUUAGUGGCCAACAAUGAAAGAUCAUAGCAAACUUUCUUUUCAAUGACAAUUUAUAAUAUUUUUCUCCUUUCGUCAGUGACUACAAACAAGUCUGUUGGCUUUAAACAAGAAUCAACCAUUGGGUAAACUCAGAGAAUAUUUUUUUUUGGUAACGCAAAUAACCGUUUUGUCUAUUUUUCCUUGCAUUCUCAAAAGCAAAGUUACGUUGGCUCUUAUAAAGAUAAAAUGGUAAGCUGAGUUUGCAUUGACAUCUGGGUCUAGUAUAUACCUACCACCUUGACUUCUUGACUUUGAUGGUGAUUCGACUGAUACAGUCUACAGAAAACUCCAUAUACCUCUGACUCCUUGACUUACUGACACACCUAUGGUUUCACACCUUACUUUCAAAAUUAUGAUAAAAAAUAGCAAUGUUAGUUGUACCACGGUUGACACAAGGAUAAUAGAAUAUCAAACGUAGGUGACCAGCCUACUUUGUUGACCAAGUGGCAGAUUUGCAUCAAAACAAAAUAUGGACUAGUGAUUACAAAACAGUCUUUGGCGACUAAACUGCUGCAAGUCUGAUCCAUUUCUAAGAAUCUUCAUAUGAGAUGUCGACACGAUCACACGACUUGCCUCGCACGCAAAGAACACAAUUCAACAGUGAGCAGAUCAUCAGAACCAAGUAACCAAAAACCCGGGUGAUAGCCUGCAGGCACACCAGCCUUGACCGGUUAAAAUGUUACCCGGGUGAUAGACUGCAUAUCAACUUUUUUAUGAUGUCAUAGUGUUGAUGCUUUUGAAUACUGAACGAACAGAAAAUUUUGAGGAAAAAAGAUAGAAUUUCAAGCCAGAAUAGACCAAAACAAUACCGGUAACCAGCCUAGACAUGUAAAUUUCAGUAAUACCAGAUUUUUACGUCGUUGACCACUUGUAAAUUGAUGAUCGGUGGUUUACAUUGAACCCAGUGGAAAAUGCAGCUCCUGACUAUAUAUUGAGAAUAAGCUCAGCUUGCCUUAUGCGAAUGGCUGUAACCACACCAGCACCCAAGCACCACUGUCAGCAAUGUUGCUACUCGGCGAGUCGUUCUUGCUCGCCUUCAUGUUCCUCACAUCUUCUGCAGGUUUCGUGGUGCCAGCGUUGUCAAUCUCCACGAGCAGCAUCACCGACCGGCUCGCGCUCAUCUCCUUCAAAUCACUCAUAACGAGUGACCCUUCGCAAGCCCUUGCGUCAUGGGGCAACCUGUCCAUUCCGAUGUGCCAGUGGCACGGCGUGGCGUGCGGCUUGAGGGGACGCCGCCGUGGCCAUGUGGUGGAGCUGGGACUCGAAGAGCUCAACCUUGUUGGCACCAUCACCCCUGCUUUGGGCAACCUCACGUACUUGAGGCGACUCCACCUCUCACGGAACCACUUCCAUGGCAUGUUGCCACAAGAGCUCGGUAAUCUCCCUGAUCUUGAGACUCUACAACUUAGCUCCAACCAGUUCUCAGGAAUGAUCCCCGAUUCACUUGGAAACCUCUCAGCAUUGACCUUUCUUAGUAUUGCCACCAAUAACAUUGAAGGAAGCAUCCCACCACUGCAAGGCCUAUCUUCUAUUGAGCAUCUUAUUCUGGCGCGAAACCAUCUUGAAGGAACCAUCCCUUCUUGGUUAGGAAACCUCACUUCACUACAGAUCAUAGAUUUGCAGCAUAAUGGUCUGGUGGGUCAAAUCUCAGAAUCAGUAGGAAAUCUAGAGUUGCUUACAAUCCUUUCUCUCUCUGAGAACAAUCUUUCAGGUUCUAUGCCCCAUACACUUGGAAAGCUCCAUGCACUCACUGGACUUUAUCUGAUGACUAAUCAAAUAGGAGGCUCUUUGCCACCUUCGCUGUUCAAUCUCUCUUCUCUUCAAGUUCUAAACAUACAACAAAACAACUUUACUGGGGGUUUUCCAUCUAAUACUGGCAACAAGCUUUCGAAACUAACAAAAUUUCUUGUAUCAGAUAAUCAAUUUCAUGGCGUGCUCCCAUCAUCCCUGUGCAAUGCUUCCAUGCUUCAAAUGAUUCAAACAGUAAAGAACUUCCUACAUGGAACCAUUCCCCAAUGUUUGGGAGCUCAACAAAAAAAUCUGUCUGUAGUGAGGAUUGUAGGAAAUCAAUUUGAAGCAACAAAUGACGCUGAUUGGGGCUUCCUGACUAGUCUAACUAACUGUAGCAAUAUGCUGGAGUUGGGUCUUUCUUACAACAAACUCCAAGGCGUGCUACCAAAUUCAAUUGGUAAUCUCUCAACACGUUUGGAAUAUUUGGCCAUAGGAAACAACAAUUUAACUGGAGCAAUACCAGAAGGAAUAGGGAACCUAAUCAAUUUGAAUUACCUCAGCAUGGGUAAUAAUAUUUUUAAAGGUGCUAUUCCAUUAUCGUUUGGCAAUCUCAAGAAGUUGGACCGAUUAUAUUUAUUAAACAAUGCUUUGUCAGGACCCAUCCCAGUAACUCUUGGCAAUCUAACAAAACUUACUCGACUUAGACUUAGUACUAAUAUGAUUAGUGAAGUUAUUCCUUCUAGUCUCAGCAACUGUCCUUUAGAAGCGAUUGAUCUUUCUCACAACAAUCUUUCUGGUUUGUUACCUAGAGAACUACUUUCCAUGUCAACAUUAUCGGCUAUGAUGGAUCUUUCACACAAUUCAUUAUCUGGAACUUUGCCAUCAGAACUGGGAAAUCUAAAAAAUCUGGGCGAUCUAGAUUUCUCUAAUAAUAGGAUUUCUGGUGAGAUUCCAGCCUCCAUUGGCGAGUGUCGAAGCCUGGAAUAUCUCAAUACAUCUGGAAACCUCCUUCAAGGAUCAAUUCCACUGUCACUUGGAAAUCUAAGAGGCCUCCUGGUGCUUGAUCUUUCCUACAAUAAUUUAUCUGGGACAAUCCCUGAAAUCCUUAGCAGCCUGCCAGGGCUUUCCUCAUUGAAUCUAUCAUUCAACAAAUUCCAAGGUGCAGUUCCACAAGAUGGGGUAUUUCUCAAUGCAACUGCGACUUUGAUCGCUGGAAAUGAUGGCCUUUGUGGUGGUAACCCUCAGCUGAAAUUGCCACCCUGCUCUAACCACUCCACGAAGAAGCCAUUGCAAAAACUUGCCAUAAUAGUUGCCAUAUGCAGUGGUUGUGUUUCUGUAGCAUUAGUAUUUGCACUGUCUUCAUUAUACAGAAAGAAUAAAAAAAUAAAAGCAAACCCACAGAGCUCAGUCAUUGGUGAACAACACAUGAGGGUAUCUUAUGCUGAAUUGGCCCACGCAACUAAUGGUUUUUCAUCUGAGAACCUCAUUGGGGCUGGGAGCUUUGGUUCAGUCUACAAAGGUAGAAUGAGAGGAAAUGAACAGCAUGCACUCGUCGCUGUCAAGGUUAUAAACCUCAUGCAACGUGGAGCGUCUCAAAGUUUUAUCGCAGAAUGCAAGACUUUAAGAUGUGCUCGACACCGAAACCUUGUGAAGAUAUUGACAGUGUGCUCAAGUACUGAUUUUCAGGGUCGUGACUUCAUGGCCAUUGUGUAUGAGUUUCUUCCUAAUGGAAAUUUAGACCAACGACUGCACCAACAUAUUACAGAGGACGGUGAACAAAAGGCACUAGAUCUGAUUGAAAGGCUACACAUUGCAAUUGAUGUGGCAUCCUCACUUGAUUAUCUUCACCAACAUAAGCCGACUCCAAUUAUUCAUUGUGAUCUUAAGCCAAGCAAUGUUCUCCUGGAUACUGACAUGGUCGCCCAUGUUGGUGAUUUUGGGCUUGCAAGGUUUUUGUAUCAAGACAUGGAGAAAUCAAGUGGUUGGGCAUCAAUGAGAGGAUCAAUUGGUUAUGCAGCUCCAGAGUAUGGAUUGGGCAACGAGGUCUCCACCCAGGGUGAUGUCUAUAGCUAUGGCAUACUGUUACUGGAGAUGUUCACUGGAAAAAGGCCAACAGAUAAUGACUUUGGGGAAGCCAUUGGGCUUCGAAGUUAUGUUCAAAUGUCACUACCACAUAGCACAGCUAUUAUCAUAGACCAUCAGCUACUAACAGAGAUGGAAGGUGGUGAAGCCAGCAACUUCAACUCAAGCAUCAUUAGUGAAAUGAUAAUGGCCUGCAUCACUUCAGUUCUGCAAGUUGGGAUUAGGUGUUCAGAGGAGACACCGACGGAUCGCCCGCCAAUCGGAGAUGCUUUGAGAGAACUGCAAGCUGUUAGAGACAAGCUUCACAGCCACCGCUGAAACAUUCCAAUGACUUUCUGACACCUUGAUGGUUGCAUGCUGCCAGGUCAACUUGUGAUGCUUUGCAAUUUGAGAUUUGUGCGAAUACUUGCUACCAAGUUUAGUGUUUCCAGAAAGACUCGGUCUUCUUCCAAAUAAGUGAUAAGCUACUUGGCCAGAGUAGGCGAGCCAAGGCAAUUUAGCAUUAAGUUCCUGCAGUUCCUUGCUAAUUGGCCUCGAAAGGGCUUCGUCUUUGUUCGACAUGUAGUUAUGCCAAGUGCAUCUAGCACUAGCAGGCUUUCACCUUCGACCGAGUUCUUCCUACAAAGUCUCUUUUUCAUUUGAAAGUUGAAACAUUUUCCUUUCUACUCCCUCCGUUCUAAAUUAUAAGUCGUUCCAACUUUCUUUGC